AUUGUGAGAAUCACGUGAUUGUGUCGUGAGAAUCACGUGAUUGUGUCGUGAGAAUCACGUGAUUGUGUCGUGAGAAUCACGUGAUUGUGUCGUGAGAAUCACGUGAUUGUGUCGUGAGAAUCCUGUGAUUGUGAUUAAACUACCUCAUAAAACCAUGAUUUACAUUGCAGGCGAUACGACAUCAAAGAAUGCCAAAGGUUCUCCAACGAGCGAAGCGUGAUCGUGAGUUCAAGCACGACGAUCAUGUGACAGAUUCCGACCAAUCACCUCGCUCGCCUCAUAUCGAUGUCGACCAAUCAGAUUUCGAUCUGACAACAGAACUGGUCGUCCCGAACAAAGUUUUGAUUCCUGAUCGUUUGGUCGAAUAUGAAGACGUAGAAUUAACCCCAGAGCAAGAAAAGAUAAAACAACAAAAAGUUGACGCAAUUGAACGAAUGUUGGCUCGAUCGGGGCAAACGGCUUCAAACCCAACCGUUCAUCUUGCGGCUGCAUUGGCAGCAGAGGCCGGUACCGUGGCACGUGCCGUGGCGUUCCAAGCCAAACAUAAGAAUGACGAUACCGCGACAAUCCAACCUUUUAUAGUUUAAACAAUGUUUUAUGUUUUUCUAUGUUACCCUGUCCGAAACAUAAAUCAAAAUUUGUUAUUUCUAUAUUUUGUACAAAUCCAAUCGUUACACAAAAAUCAAAUUUGGUGUAAAAAUUUAAAGCACUUUGUAAAUAAAGCAAAUAAUUUUCGCUUUUCUAAUAAUAAUAAUAAAUCAAAAUAAUAUU